CGCCUGGCGGAAUCCCCUAAGAGCUCCGGGAACCGGCUUGCAGGAAUCCAUUAGCUGCCAGACAUCUGGGGAGAGAUUUCAGACGUCCCAGGUCUUGGCUGUCAGCCUGGAUCUUGCUCCCCCGUGGCAUCUGGCCCAACUGGGGACCAUUCCUCAAGAGACGGAUUCCGAGGGCCCGAGAGUCUUCAUCUCUCUGAGUUUGCACACCAUCGCUCGCCUUUGCAGGUGUCUGCAGCCUGGAUGGAGAACACGUCUCUCGGCAACGAGUAUGGGGAUUAUGGUGACAUUCCGGAUCUCCCGGUGGACUGUGCUGAUGGCUCCUGCGUCUCCGUCGACCUCCUCCACGCGACCCCACUCCUGCUGUAUGCCGCCGUCUUCCUGGUGGGGGUGCCGGGCAAUGCCAUGAUGGCCUGGGUGACCUGGAAAGAGGCCCGCCAGAGGGUCAGUGCCAUCUGGUUCCUCCAACUGGCCGUAGCGGACCUGCUCUGCUGCCUGUCUCUCCCCAUCCUGGCGGUGUCGGUCGCUCACAAGGGCCAUUGGCCGUACGGGGCAGUGGGCUGCCGGACCCUGCCCUCUGUCAUCCUGCUGUCCAUGUAUGCCAGCGUCCUCCUCCUGGCCACUCUCAGCAUGGACCUCUGCCUGCUGGCCCUCAGGCCCAUCUGGUGGGGUGCAGCCUGGCGGGCAUGCAGGGUACGGGCAGCCUGUGGCGCAUGCUGGGGGCUGGCCCUGCUGCUCACCGUGCCCUCGGCCGUCUACCGCCGGCUGCAUCAGGAGCACUUCCCACGCCGGCUGGAGUGUGUGGUGGACUACGGUGGCUCGACCGUGGCAGAGAACUCAGUGACGGCCAUCAGGUUUAUUUUUGGCUUCCUGGGGCCACUGGUGGUCGUGGUCGUCUGCCAUGGUGCCCUCCUGUGUCAUGCUACCCGACGCUGCUGGCCACUGGGCCUGGCCGUGGUGGUGGGGUUUUUUGUCUGCUGGGCCCCCUACCAUGCGCUGGGACUGAUACUCACCAUGGCGGCCCCACACUCCACCCUCCUGGCCCAGGCCCUGCGGGCUGAACCCUUGGUGGUGGGCCUGGCUCUUGCUCACAGCUGCCUCAAUCCCAUGCUUUUCCUCUAUUUUGGGCAGGCUCAACUCCGCCAGUCUCUGCCAGCCGCAUGUCGCUGGGCCCUGAAGGAGCCACAGAGUGAGGAUGAAAGUAUGGUCAGCAAGAAAUCGACUAGCCACGACCUGGUCUCAGAGAUGGAAGUGUAGGCUAGGGGGAAAUUUGUUUGUACCCUCCUAUCCCAUUUUACAAGAUGGGCUUCAGGCAUAGCUGAAUCUAGGAGCUUAAUGAUAUUGUCAUUUAUUCUUUUAUUCAUUCAACAAACAUUUGUUAUGCCCCUGCCAUGAGCAGUGCAGAUAUAAAACAUUUCCAUCAUUGCAGGAAAUUCUAUUGGAUAAGGUUGCUCUAGAAUAUCACCUGUUCAGAUCUUUGAAAUCACACAGUAGUGAUACCUUCUUAAUUCCAGGACAGCACUUUACACAUAGUUUCCCCUUUAAGGUAAUUCCCAGAGGUCAUUUGCCCAAGAUCACACAACAAGGAAAUUAUAGAGUUGAGAUUGGAUCCCAUGUUUACCUGACUCUAGUAUCCAUGCUCUUGAUCACUGAAAAUUUUCUUCAAUGCCUUCUUCAAAUAGUACUUCCUCCAGGGAGGUCUCCCUGAUUCAGUCCCCUCCCUGGGGAACAGAACAUUCUGUUCUCCAAGUUUCUGGAACAAAAGUUCCCGAUUAACCUGUAAAUUUUCCAAGGACAACAUCUGGGCUAGUUUAAUUUCUGUCUCGCCUCCACCCUUCCCAAACUUUAAAAAGAGCCAAACUCUGUUUGUGUACACCCUGUUUUCUUCCAACUAGAUUGUGAGCUACCCAAUGACUGGGAUCUUUUUGUUGUUUUUUAAAAAAAAUCUGAUACAGGGACAGGUAUUAGGUCAACAACACAUAUUUUAUUUUUUAAUAUUGUAUUCAGCAUUCUCAUGGAGAAGGGAAUGGCAACACACUCCAGUAUUCUUACCUGGGAAAUCCCAUGGACAGAGGACAGAGGAGCCUGGCAGGCCACAGUUCAUGGGGUCACAAGAGUUGGACAUAAGAGUUGGUGGUUUAAGAGACUAAACCACCAGAAUUCUCAUGCGUGAUCCAAAAUUGCCUUAUCAAAUGAAUCCUGUCCUGGGACAAUUUAUGUAACUUCGUGAAAAGUUGAAAGAAAUCUUGCUGUUAAUCCACUGGGGCCAGGUGCCAUUUAGGAGAGUUCUUUGUACAUUUGUAAAUAGUCUUUUGUAUUUUUGAAAUUUGUUUUCCUUUCUUAUUGCAUCAGUGUUACUUCUUGUUAAAAAGAAUCAAUUUCAUGAAA